AUGGGCUCCUCGGGUCUGCAGCUGGUCUGUCCUUCUGAGCAUGACAUCUACUAUAAUCUCAAUGGGGAUGGCUAUUCGGAGCCCCUCGUUGGCGCCGUGGUGCUUCAACGCCAUGCCAUCAAUACCGAUAUUACUCAAUUGCAAAUACAUCUCAUGCAGACUGUGCUAGCGGAGAGCAAUCUUCUUGCUACAAACCCUGAGAAGAACUUCUUGAGACGAAUCCGCACUCCUCUUGGGAAAACAUCACGACCAGAGACUUCGGCUACCAAGUCAUCGUCUAUUAUUGAACAAGUAACGCUUCCUGCGUUGCCAAUUAGUCAACUUGAGGUCUCUUUCAACGGGCGCGACGCCGUCCCGAUCCCGUUUUCUGUGCCCAUUCCUGUGAAUACGCCCGGAACGACAUCUACAUCUCUGGGGAAAAUCUCAUACUCCCUCAUUGCCACCCUGACCACAUCACAAGGAGAUAUCAUUAUCAUCGACAAAUCAAUUAAUAUUACACGCCAACUCAUUCCAGACCGGCAAUGCAUUCAGCAUGUGCGCUCAUUCCCCAAGUCACCCGCCAUCACCAACAUCGCUCUAUCUCAAAACAUAGCGACGGACGUCAAGUCCGGGAUCUCCGUUUCCGCCAAAUUAAAUCUGCGGGGAGGAUUGAAAGCACGCGAGUCUGAGUUUAGAUGUGCUUCCAUUCGAGGAAUCCACUGGCGUGUGGAGGAAGUGACCAGAUUAAUCGAUCAAACCCAGAACAACCUCCAGGAUGCACCAGAGGAUUUCCUCUGCAAACGUGAAUUCAUCCGCGAAAUAUGCAGCGGAAAGCAAAAGGGUUACUGGGCUACACGCGAAAACCCACUUUCAAAACAGCUGAAGUCAGAAGAUCAAGAUUCUGCUGUUAAUAUUACGAUUGAUAUCUCCAUUCCGAAAAAUGCAAAGCUCGCCCCUAUGAUUGACGGGUCCUGCUAUGCUUCCAAUACGACUGAUUCUAUCUCAAUGCCACUUGAGCUCCAGGAAUGGUGUCCUGCGAGUGAUGAAAAUCUGGCGAUCUUGAUCGAGCACCGACUGAAGCUUGAAUUUGUUACCGGGGAAGACACCUUUGAUGCUCGUUCGAAGAAUUUGGUUGAUCGUAAGCCUUUGAGGCCUACAUUGUCCGCACACUUCCCACUUCUUGUUGGGGAGACGUUUAAGUGUGAUCUUGAGGCUAUUGCUUUUAACAACCCGCCGAGGUAUGAGGAAAUUCCAUUGUCGCCUCCGGAAUAUACACAAUUUGUGUAA